AUGGCCUACGGUGCCCUCGCUCCCUUCGUCGCGGCCCUCCUCGGCGAAGACGAUGGUGGCGGUGAAAACCCACUGCCCCCAGGCUCGCCUCCGACGUUUACGUUCGAAGGACCGUGGUUCACGACGCAGCUCACUAUCUCAGCCACCAUUGGUAUAUUCUCAUUUUUCGUGUUCUCAUACUGCCGCACCCGGUACCCCCUCCUUUUUGCACCGCGAACAAAGCUCAAAGGUUUCUCCCCCCAUGAGGCACACGCGCACCAGGCAUUCUUUGGCUGGAUUAUGCCCACCAUUCGAACCUCAGAAUUUACGGUCCUCCAGAUCGUUGGUCUCGAUGCUGCGGUCCUUCUGAACUUCUUCAAAAUGUCAUUCUACCUGUUCUCCGUCUGCUCCUUGUUUGCGAUCACUAUCCUCAUGCCCAUAAACUGGAAGCAUAACAAAGACCUCGACGAUGAUGACGACUGGCCAGGAGAGGACGAAGACUGGCCUACCCUGUGGCACAGAAGCCUCGUGGACCCUCCCCCGUCCAACCACACCAUACCUCCAGAUUGGCUCGACCUCAUCAGCGACGCUAACUCGUAUCUCUCAGUCCACCUCGUGUUCACCUAUCUUUUCACCCUCCUCGCCCUCUACUUCAUCUACAAGAACUACCGCCGCUUCAUCCACUCCCGACAACUCUUCUCUCUCGAACUCGUCCACUCCAUUCCUGCGCGGACUGUUUUGGUCACGAACCUACCUCACCACCUGCAGGGCGAACGGACUCUGGCCGAAUAUUUCGAGAACAUGGACCUCGCAGUCGAGAGCGUAACGGUGUGUAGGGAGGUCGGAUCAUUGAAGACCUUGUUGGACAAACGUACCAAGGCACUGCUGGCACUCGAGGCGGCGUGGGUCAGCUAUGUCGGCAAUCCCAGCACAGUGGAAGAGUACGAUCCUGAAACGAACGGCAUUGCAUUGGUAGAUACGGACAUUGAAGGUGGCGCACAGCAGGCCCAAAAACUCGUUGUACCACACCGUCAACGGCCCACGAUCCGUCCUGGCUGGUUCAAGCCUAGAGUUGAUGCUCUAGAGUUUCUCGAGGCGGAGUUCAGGAAUGCGGAUGAGCUGGUCAAGAAGAAGAGGCGGUUUGGCAAGUAUAGGUCGACUGGUGCGGCAUUUGUCACUUUCGAGAAGAUGUCCAGCGCACAAAUCGCCGUCCAAGUCGCGCACGCUCCCAACCCCAAUCAAAUAAUGACCUACCCUGCCCCCGAACCUCGUGACAUUGUCUGGUCCAACAUGGUCACCUCUCCGCGCGCCAUCCAGUUCCGCGACGUCUUCGUACUUGCCACUAUGGGCCUCUUGCUCUUCUUCUGGUUCUUCCCCAUCACCGCCCUUGCCAGUCUUCUCAGUUACAAGGAGAUCAAGAAGGCCAUGCCCUGGCUCGGGAGGCUGAUCGACUCGAACGACCAGGUGCGCGCGAUCGUGCAGAACUCGCUACCGUCGGUUGCGAUGAUCACCCUGAAUGCGUUCUUGCCGUUCAUGCUGGAGGGAUUGACAUAUUUCUUGUUCCUGUUGAUCAACGUCGUGUUUAUUUUCCUGCUCGCUACGACAUAUUGGCAACUCGUCCGAGACCUUGCCAACUCGCCUGCGAAGGUGCCAGAAAAGUUGGCUCAGUCGUUACAAGCAGGUCGAGCAAGACAUUUCUUCCUAUCAUACGUUAUUCUUCAAGGCCUCGGUAUCAUGCCUCUACAGCUUCUCAACCUCGGUGUUAUCAUCCCUCGUGUCUUCUACCGCAUGUUCCUCACGCGUACUCCUCGUGAUUUCGCUGAGCUCAAUGCCCCUCCGAUGAUCAACUAUGGCGUGGUGUACCCGCAGGCUAUCCUGAUGUUCGUCAUCACGAUGCUGUACAGCGUUGUUCAGCCUCUUAUCGUCAUUUUUGGUGCGAUCUACUUCGGGGUCGCGUAUGUGGUAUAUAAAUACAAACUCCUCUUCGUUUUCUACAAACCCUAUGAAUCCCAAGGCCAGGCCUGGCCUAUCACCUUCAUCCGCCUCAUCUGGGGCGUUGUCAUCUUCCUUCUGUUCAUGAUCGGCAUCUUCACCCUCCGGAAGUCGUGGAUCCUCUCUUCUCUCCUCGUGCCCCUCCUCGCCGCGACCAUCGCGUGGUCGUGGCACGUCGACAAGUCGUUGCGGCCCUUGAGCAAGUAUGUGGGAUUAAGCUCGGUGUUUGAGGUGCAGAGAGGGGAGGAGACGGCGGAUGUGCUGAGAUUGAGGGCGGGGCAUCCGGUUACUUGGAGUCAGAGCAAUCUAAAUAGGAGGAGGUAUGCGCAGAACGAUGACACGCUGUAUGUUGCUCCAGAAGACGAGCGGACGGAUUAUUCGCAACCUCCAAUGGCGAAUUGGUACAGUGGUGUUUUGAACACCGGCAAGCGUCGAUACGGGCACCCGGCACUAAACGGCGUCCUACCAGAACCUUGGCUCCCUCUCAAGAAAGGCCAAACUCUCGUCAAUAAUGACCGCAACGGCCCGCAGCGACCGCCCCGCGACGCGAACGACCAGGCAGUCGUCCUUACCCUGCGCAAGCGGCACAGCAUCGCCCGCGCAAAGGGGCGUCAGCACUCGCAAGACAGCCGCGCGGGCGAUGCCAUCGCUGGAACCUCGGGUUCUAACGGGCUGGGCGCGCACCGCGCAGCCAGCGCCCCACCAGUGGAUCCAAGCGCGGUUAUCGACCCGUGGCAAGACCCCCACCACGAGCGACUAGGGCAUCAGCGCGCUCUGAGCCAUAGACUGAGCUACGAUCAUGCCUCUGGGGUGAUCAUGCUCCCCGACGAUGAUGGUGAAUGGUUGGGAGAGGAAGAUGAUAGUGAGGAAGAUUUUGGAACGACGGAGAAUGGGCUUGACCAGUCGAUUACGGAGUCGAUGUUGGAUGAGAGUGUGGGAGGUGUGGGUGCAGCGGGUGCGGGUGUAGCAGCAGCAGGUAGCAGUACGGGAAGCCCUGGCCCAUUGGCGCGGCUGUCAAGAUAUGGGACAUAUUUCCACCAUCCCGAGAGGAGAAGGCAGCCGAUUCCGGGGUCGUUCCCUGUACGGUGA